AUAUGAUAUGCACCAACAACACUGCACCGAAAAUCUCAUUCAUUCAACGCGAAGGCAGCGCACAUGGAUUGAGUACACGUUGCAUCAGAUCAAUGUACAGUGUAGGAUAACAAGAAAUUUCAACACCGAAUAUCAACAAUCAUAUUUUGCUCUUGUUGUGUUUUAGAAAGUUACUGAUUUCAGCCAGUUCACUAAGAGAUAAUUGUAUGACAAUAUCGGUGAUAUUUCAGCAAAUUUAGCAUAAUUUUAUUUUGUGAUGAGUUGACCAAGGAGAAACCACAACCUGUACUGCUGGCUUCACCGAUAUGAAUGAGCAAGCACUCGAGGGACUUGGGUCUUUCGCAACCGCCGAAGAUCGCAACAGGGCCUUGGCGUACUUUGAGCAGUUGAAGCAGUCUGACAAUGGAUGGAAGUUAUGUGCGGAAGCUAUCACUCAGGGCGUCUAUGAGAAUGAUCACAUCAAGUUCUUCUGCUUUCAAGUUCUGGAACACUUCAUCAAUGAACGAUAUGUGACAGCUGACCCUGCCGAUCAACAACUCUUGAAACAAACCCUGAUGACAUGGCUUCAUAUGCAGACAAUGGCUACCCAAGAAGAGAAGAGCUUUGUCAGGAACAAGGCAGCUCAGCUCUUCUCCCUCAUGUUCAUCAACGACUUCCCACACCGGUGGCCGACGUUCUUCUCUGACCUCCUGCAGAUGCUUCAGGUCGGCGAAGCGGCCAUCGACAUGUACCUCAGGGUACUGCUGGCCAUCGACACAGAGGUCGUUGAUCGGGAGAUUAUCCACACGCAAGAGGAAACAAUAAGGAAUAAUCAACUCAAGGAUGAUAUGAGAGAAAGGUGUAUCCAGGACCUGGUCAACUCUUGGUUCCAGAUACUCAAGAACUAUGAAUCUUCUAAUCCCGAGCUUGCCUGUCUGUGCCUGGAAGUGGUGGGCGUGUACGUAUCGUGGAUCGACAUCGGUCUGAUCGCCAACGAGCGUUUCGUGGGUCUUCUUCUCCAUCACCUGUCCAUCGAUGUUCUCCGGGAGAGCGCGUGCGAUUGCUUCCAUGAGAUCAUCGAGAAGGGCAUGGACCCUGUCGCCAAGACGGAGCUGGUGGAGUCUGUGACCAAGGUCUUGCAGGAUUCCGGCGUCAUACCGCCAUCAGGGGAAGAGGAUAUAGACUUUGUAGCAAAGCUGUCAAAACUCACCAACGGCAUCGGAUGCAACCUCAUAGCGUCUUGGCAAAAAUUGGUGAAGAGUAAGAAUUCUGUUGGAGCACUGAACACAUUACAAGCCAUCGAUAGUAAACUACCCCUACUCUUUAUGUUUCUCGGUCAUGAGGACGAUGACAUCUCAUUAGCUGUAUCAGAGUUUGCCAGGGAUUAUAUAGGUAUUUUAAAACAGAUUGAUACCCUAAAUGAGAGCCAGAUUGCCAAUGCCCAGAGACUUCUCUUGAUUCUCUUCGACAAGUUCCGUUACGACGAGACGUACAACUUUGAUGCCCAGGGAGAAGAUGAGAUUAUGUUUAUAGAUUACCGCCGUCAGCUGAAAGUUCUCUUUGACAACCUUGCGCAGCUCAAUCAGAACAUGGUCCUCUCCAAUGUUCAUUCUGUUGUCAUGGAGACGUUAGGACAAUGGAGGAGUAAGAAGUCACAGACGUUGAGUUGGCUGUUGUUACUGUACAUGUUAGGUGAGGCUAUUCCUGCCAGAGAAGGAAAUCACUUCUUAGGAGACUCUGCCAAGACAGAACCCAUCAAAGAAAUGAUGAGAAUGUUGGUAUCAUCAGGUGUAGUAGGACAUUCUCAUUGGGCUGUCACAUUACAAACCUACGAGACAGUUGUCCGCUACGAGAAGUUCUUCAACCAAGAGCCCCAGCACAUCCCUGAAAUCCUAGUCACUUUCCUAGACGACCGAGGUCUGAGGCACCGCCAUCCCACCGUCAGGAGCAGAUCGGCGUACCUCUUCUCCCGUUUCAUCAAGUCCCUCAAACAUCAUCUCGGGAACUUCACAGAGGAGAUCCUUAAGAGGAUACAAGACCUUCUCAUCAUUGUAUUACCGGAGAAUGGUCAUCCGCCAUUAUUGACCACAGAUGACCAGCUGUUUCUCUAUGAAGGAGCAGGAAUUAUAAUCACAUGUAGUGCCUUUGAUUCUGAGAAGAAGCAGAUUCUUCUGAGGAACGUACUAGCACCCAUCAUAGAUAAGUUCAACUCCCUCUAUCCUAAGUUAUGUUCAGAGACGGACGAGCAACGGCAAGUCCUUUUGGCUGAAAUCAUUGCUCACUCCAUAGCAUGCACCAGUCGCACCAGUAAGGCAUUCCAUUCCCAGCUGACCAUCAAGCAGUGCGGCGUGGAGAACUGCUACACUGAGGCCUUGGACGUCUUCCUGAGGGCGCUAGACGUACCCCACCAGCACGGCAUCGUACAUGCCUCAGUCAGGCAGUACCUGCACAGGAUGGUCGUGUGUCUGGAGGAAGCAGUAUUACCGUAUGUACCCGUGGCCGUUGAGCAUCUCCUGAAGAAGUCCGAAGCGAGGGAUCUACACAAGUUCAUGCCCCUGAUCAACCAAAUCAUCUCAAAGUUCAAGAAAACUAUUAUCCGUUUCCUGCAAGCAGUGUUCAUGCCCAUCGUGAGGACCAUUGACAGCGUCCUGAAGCAACCGGCUGAAGAAGCAGAUACCCAAGCCACCAUAGACAAACAGACGUUGAGGAGAUGCUACUUUCAGUUCCUUCAGUGUAUCGCUAUGAAUGAUUGUCUAGAGGUCAUCAGUCAUCAAGAACAACCAUGUUUUGAAGAGGUAUUGCUGAGUGUGGUACGUGCUACGAUCGAGGAACCUGACCCCUCGAUGAUCAAGACUUGCUUCAACAUCUUGAAGAGAUUGAUAGAGUCUUGGGGUGGGAACGGAGGGAUGCCUCUCUUCAGAGAUUUCAUCUACAAGUACGUCGUCCCCGCCUGUUUCUUAGCGCCGCUUCAGAAGACCUUUGACCUCGCCGAUGCACAAACCGUCUUGGCCUUAGGUGAAGCCUCAACAGUACUUAAGAGUAUCUACACCAAGGAUGGAUUGAACCUGAUACAGUUUCUCCAAACGGAAUGUUUUUUGUCUCUGCCAGUCCAUGUGGACACAGACUCCGCCCAGGCAUUUUGUCAAGCUCUUCAAGAAAUGGAUGGCAAAAAUUUCAAGAGUUUUUGUAAGAUGUUCUUUGAAUCUGCCAAAAAGUCUGUGAUAGCUUCAUGACAUAGGGAGAAAGCUUGAAGCCAAGUUCAUCUUACUGUGGCUAUCUAAGAACACUACAAGGCCUCGGAGCCGAUCCUUUUCGACUUCAAUGCAAGCCUGUAAAUAGAAAGUUAUUUUAAAGCAUUGCACGGUGAAGAAGUCGUAACCAGGGACCUCCCUACAUUCAUCGAUUGAUGUGAAUACAUUGUUAGGAGUGCAUCUCUGGCCUUUGCUGCAAAGUAUGAUGGACGUUUCACCAAUGUCAAGUUCACCGUGAGUCAAGGACGAAGAAUGGGAGGCCUUGAGUGAGGAUCGUCUGGACUGUGAUGAUGGCAGGUGAUGACUCACUGAUUGACUUUGAGUCAUACUUGAAGGGAAACCACAGGGUUCGCACAUGUUCAUCUCUCCUGCUGACAAGUUAUGGUGAAUCAGACGGAUCGUAAUGCAUAUUAAUACAUAUAUGCAUGAAUCUUUUCACUCCUUUCAUAUGAACCAUGAAUGUUGCUGCCGAU